AUGCCGGGAUGGCCUCUCUCAGGUUUCUCUCUGGCUAAAGUAUUGUCAACUCACGAAUCAGCUGAUUGACUGGACCUGUCAAACGCGUUCUCUUUCUUUCUCAUGUUCCACGAAAAAAAAUGUUGCGUCAUUGUUUACCGCAAAUUUGAGAAAAUUGCAGCGCGAAUCAUGCUUUGUGUGUCACUCGUGUGCAAAUUCGAAAACGUAUCGUCGGUCGAUCGCAAUUAUAUUUCGCGGCCAACGUGAUUACGUCAGGGGAACGAGAAAAUAUGCUGACAUAUAUUCACUCACACAGCCGCACACGUGAGUAUACGUAUGUGUAUGUAUACAAACAAUUUUCCAGCAAACUAAGGAAUGAUACUCGAGGAUACUCAUACGAAAGACAUUAGUGAGCAUAUCGCAGUUGCUUAUCUACAGUUCCUAAUUAUUUUCAUUAAACAAAGCGACUUUCAAGUGUCAAUGAAUGCUCUUGCGGACCGUAUUAUCAAGCAUUCGUUACCGCGUUACCGCAUAGAGAGUGUUCGGUUUUUGAUGAAUAUUACGGAAGAUAAUGGACCGAACUAUCCCAGAAUGGAGACGUUAUUUACUCGUGCAGCCGCCUAUAGUACUGCUACUACUCGCCUUGUCGAUGUCAGGUACUAUCUUGACAGAUCUGAUAGUGUAUCGUACGUGCACCACAACGUUGAAAAUAAACAAAACGGAGUGCCUGAUACUCUAUAACAAUAGCAGCAGCCAGGAGGCACUCAGAAUCAAUUCCAUGGUUCAACCAUAUGCAAGUUUAAUUGUGAUGGGUAAAUCCUUUCUGGACAGUAUUUCUCCGUCAAUCCUGUCGUUAUUUCUAGGACCAUGGAGUGAUAAGUACGGAAGGAAACCUGUUCUGCUUUUAGGAUAUAUAAGUACAUCUUUGAAUUAUCUCCUGCUCUCUGUAAUGGCUAAUUGGGACGUUGUACCUUGGUAUUUCCUGAUAGCCGAUAUUCCUACUGCUCUCUUGGGUGGCAUAAGCGUAUUGAUGUUAGCGUCAAUGUGUUACAUCACUGAUAUGACGGACGAUAACGAGCGGGCAUGGCAUUUAGCCUGGUUAGAUGCAUGGGUCUCUCUCGGUGUCCUAAUCGGACUGCUUUCUGGUCCAGUGAUAUUGGAUGCGUACGGCUACACCGCUGUAUUCAGUGUUGCGACUAUGCUCUGCACUCUGGCAACGUUGUACAUAUUAUUUUUUGUUCCAGAAACUGUACAGAGUCAAACUUCUGGUAUCCGCAAGGUAUUUGACUGUACGUUAGUAAAGGAUCUUAUUAAUGCGUGUGUCAAGAAGAGAGAUGGAUUCAAUAGGUCGUUAGUCUGGAGUUGCAUAGCUUGUCUUACGUUUCUCUUGAUUGUUUUUGAAGGUAAUCUCGCUAUUGGGUAUCUGUUUGCAAGCGCGCGACUUGGUUGGACCGUAGAAAAGUACUCCACUUAUGUAGCUAUGGAUGUUGUGGUGGGAGGACUCGGCAUGAUAUCUGGUAUUAGAUUAAUGCGGAAAUACGCAGGAUUUCCAGAGGCUGUAGUUGCCAUAGUAUCUGUUACAUCGUCGUUUGGUAGUGCCUUGGUACGUGCCUUUACAUGGCAGUCUUGGCAUAUGUAUUUAUCAAUGGUUCUAGGAAUGUUUGGUAACAUAUCCCGACCGAUGAUACGUGCUAUAUUAUCCAAGGUGGUGCCUACGCAAGACACAGGGAAGGUUUUCGCUUUAGCUAUGUCUCUAGAGACACUGUUACCAUUUGCGGCAGCUUCUCUGUAUACUUUUCUCUACGCCCACUACAUGCCACCUUUAUAUCCUCUACCAGUGUGGUUUUUAUCAGCACUAUUCUAUGUCAUAACUAUUGUAAUACUGAUAUAUAUGCAGAUACAAAUGGUAAAAAGUAUUACAGUGCCUUUUACUCCUUUGGCGGAAGAUAAUGACUCAAUUCAUUAAUAUCUUAUCGAGGAAAAACAAGUACAAAAUAUAUUCACAAGAUAAACCAAGUGAUAAACCAAAUACGAAAAUCUAUCCUCAUACGCGUUUUUUUAAGUAACAUAAAGCGUGUAUUCUUUAUAUAUAUUUGUGGAUUUUAUAAUAUAAAAUUUUUUAUAAUA